CUGCGCCCACUGAGCAUGCGCCGCUGGCCUACGGAAGCCGGGAGGGAGGGGGCGGGGCCGAGGCGGGCGGGCGCAGGGAAAAUGGCGGCGGCGGCGAACGGGACUGGAGGGAGCAGCGGGAUGGAGGUGGAUGCAGCAGUGGUCCCCAGCGUGAUGGCCUCCGGCGUGACGGGGAGCGUCUCAGUCGCUCUUCAUCCCCUCGUCAUUCUCAACAUUUCAGACCAUUGGAUUCGUAUGCGCUCCCAGGAGGGGCGGCCUAUGCAGGUGAUUGGGGCUCUGAUCGGGAAACAGGAGGGCCGAAAUAUCGAGGUGAUGAACUCCUUUGAGCUGCUAUCCCACACCGUGGAAGAGAAGAUUAUCAUCGACAAGGAGUAUUACUACACCAAGGAGGAGCAGUUCAAACAGGUGUUCAAGGAGCUGGAGUUUCUGGGUUGGUAUACCACCGGGGGGCCGCCUGACCCCUCUGACAUCCACGUCCAUAAGCAGGUGUGCGAGAUAAUCGAGAGCCCUCUCUUUCUUAAGUUGAACCCUAUGACCAAACACACAGAUCUUCCCGUCAGUGUUUUUGAGUCUGUCAUCGAUAUAAUCAAUGGAGAGGCCACAAUGCUGUUUGCUGAGCUGACCUACACUCUGGCCACAGAGGAAGCUGAACGCAUCGGUGUAGACCACGUAGCCCGAAUGACAGCCACAGGCAGCGGGGAGAACUCCACUGUGGCUGAACACCUGAUAGCGCAACACAGUGCCAUCAAGAUGCUGCACAGCCGGGUCAAGCUCAUCUUGGAAUACGUCAAGGCCUCUGAAGCAGGGGAGGUCCCCUUUAAUCACGAGAUCCUGCGGGAGGCCUAUGCUCUGUGUCACUGCCUUCCAGUGCUCAGCACAGACAAGUUCAAGACAGACUUCUACGAUCAAUGUAACGACGUGGGGCUCAUGGCCUACCUUGGCACCAUCACCAAAACGUGCAACACCAUGAACCAGUUUGUGAACAAGUUCAACGUCCUCUAUGAUCGACAAGGCAUCGGCAGGCGGAUGCGGGGGCUCUUCUUCUGAGGGUGCUUGAAGGGACGAUGCACAGGUUGGACAGUGGUCCCACAGGGGAGGGGUGUUACACUCCCUUUAGAGAAACCUCUGUCAAUAAUAAAAGGGGAGCAGCCCCUCAGCACCCCU